CUGGAAGAUUGGUUCAUUGAAAUAUUCCUUCUUGCGUUUCAUAUACACAUGUAUAUGUUAAUUCAUUGUGGCUGCACGCGCCGAGAUUACUCAGCUCUUCGCGAAAACAUGAAUUGCCUUUUGCUAUUCACCCUACUUUGGGCGAGUAUCCUGGGAGAUGUGUGGACAGCUCCUGGAAAUCGCGUUGAAGUGGAUCCCGAGCUAACUGGCGGUUACUUUGAGGGCGAUAUGAUGUUGAGUCCUCUGGCGCGGAAUGGAUUGCGAAGUGAAACUUAUCACUGGCCCAAUGGAAUCGUCAGUUAUUAUAUCAAUAGCAACAUUGAUCAAGCACAUCGGGAUCACAUUCAACUCGGAAUGCGCAUUAUCGAGCUGAAAUCGUGCCUCACCUUCAAGGAGGUCUCCAAGGAUCAGUCGGAAUAUGUGAAUAUAACCGCAGAGUCGGGUGGCUGCUAUACAGCUGUUGGAUAUCAAAGGAAAGUGCAGCAGUUGAAUUUGCAGACUUAUGACUUGGAUGAGGGUUGUUAUCGCCUUGGCACAAUUAUGCAUGAGAUUCUUCACGCCGUGGGUUUCUUUCAUCAGCAGAGCACCUGGAAUCGCGAUGAUUUCGUGCACAUUGCCACCGAGAAUAUCGCCGAUGGGAAGGAGCAUAAUUUUGAGAAAUAUUCCGAGAAUCUUGUGGAGAAUUUCGAUCAGACUUAUGAUUAUGGCAGCGUCAUGCACUACACACCUUAUGGCUUCUCCAAGAAUGGAGAGAUGACCAUUGUGCCGCUGGAGGAGGGUGCGGAGAAGGUCAUGGGACAGCGCGUGCAAAUGAGUCAGAUCGAUAUCGACAAGCUGAACAUUAUGUACAAGUGUCCCAAGCAGAUAUAAAGUGAUUCAAUCGAUUGCUAAUACUGUAAAGAAAUUACAGAUAAUUGUGCUUUAAAAGUUAAGAGACUUUAAGUGUUUACCAACAGUAUAAAAAAAUUACAGAUGUGUAAAGAAUUUACAAAUAUUUGUGCUUUAAAAGUUAAGAGGCUUAAAGUGAUUGCUAUCAGUGUACAGAUAUUACAGAUAUGUUUAGCAAAACUUCAUCUGCUAACAGAUUCUGUUAAUGUUAAGAGAUCAAAGCGAUUGCUAAUAGAGUAAAGAAAUUGCAUUUAUGUGUAGCAAAAGUUAAUUUUUGUAGAGUGAAGUAUGAAGAGACUUAAAAUUUAGAUUACAAU